CGCACGCCGGCCGGAGCGACAGCAAUCCCCAGCACGUGGCUCGAGACGACCUUCCCUGAGGGACUCGCUUCCCCUGCGCUCGCCCGUUGUGGGACCCGCGGCGCUACGAGGGAACGGCGUUGUGCAGUGUGACGGUGACGGUGUGACGGUGCGAGAGAAAGCAGGAUGAGUGACAAGCGCGAGGGCGGCGCGCCUCGCGAAGGCCGGGCCAAGGGCUUCGGCACGCAGAUCUUCGACUCGAAGAACAUGAAGGGGCGGCAGGCGGAGGCCGGGCGCCGCGUGCAGCCCUCGGCCACCGGCAAGCACGCCAACGACCCGCCCGACGGAGGGACCAUAGGCGGCCUGCCCCUGGGCGGCGGGGCGCGCGGGGGCCGGCGGGGCAGCGUCGGGGGGCGCCGUGGCAGCCAGGACAACGGGCGCCGCGGCUCCGUGGACGCAGGCAAAGGGCGUCGCGGCAGCGUGGACAGCGGGGACGUCGACAAGGACAAGGACAAGGACAAGGAGAAGGCGGACUCUACGGGGGCGGCGUCGGCGGGGCUGUCGGAGGACAGGGACUCCAUCAUCGAGAAGCAGCAGCGGCGCGCCAUCGCCCUCAGCCAGAAGGGCGACUGGCCCGCCCUCGAGCACUGCGUCAAGACCCUGGAACGCAUGGUGCCCGACCCGCCGUCCAUCCCGCCGCUGCCCUACCAUCCGCUCAGGGACAUUGUCGACGAGGCAACGGGUUACACGCCCCUGAUGUACGCAGCCCGGGAGAAUAAAAGCCAGUUCAUCGAGCGCCUCAUCGACCUCGGCUGCGAUCCUAACUUCAAAAAUAAGGAUGGGUACUCGGCGGUGCACCUGGCGGCCAUGUACAGCCGAGAGGACACCAUACGCCACUUGGUUCACAAAAAGGGGGACAUCAACGCCAUUGGUGGGCCCAGAGAUCAGACUCCGGCUCACCUGGUGGCCAGCCGCAGCACCGGGGCCGCCGUAGCCCUCAUGAAGAUGAUUCUUAUGCAUGCCAAACAUGACCUUAGGCUUACCAAGGAUAGCCGUGGCGACAUCCCCCUCUUCCUCGCCGUCGACGCAGGCAACCAGGGCCUGAGCAAGGAACUCCUCUUUCACCACGGACCCGAGCAAGUGAAAGCCAUAAGGGCGCACACGAAAGACACUGCCCUUCAUAUAGCCUGCAGAAGAAGGGAAACCGAACUCGUGAGGCUGUUGGUCGAAGCCGGAGCUAACACGGACGAAAAGAAUUCCGCGGGACAAACGGCGUUACACAUCGCUGCAGAGGAGGGAGAUGAGGCAACAGUCAAAUAUUUCUACAGUGUUCAUGUUAACCCGAACCAUACUGAUAAUGAUGACAAGACGCCCAUCCACAUCGCUGCCGAGAGAGGCUACACGCAGAUCGUGGACACCCUCGCCGAGAAGUUCAAGGCGUCCGUGAUGGACAGGACCAAGGACGGGUCGACGCUCGUGCACAUCGCCUCGCUCCACGGACACCCGGACACGGUCAUGACCUUCCUGAGGAAAGGAGUGCCGCUUCACAUGCCCAACAAGAGCGGUGCCAGAUGCAUUCACACGGCCGCCCAGAGAGGUCACGUGGGCGUGGUGAACGCCAUUCUCAACAAGGGAGAGCAUGUGGACGUCACUACUAAUGAUGGCUUCUCCGCCCUCCACGUGGCCGUCCAGUCGGGGAAGCCGGCGAUGGUGGAGGCGCUGCUCGGCCACGGCGCCAACCUCACCAUGCAAGGCGGCGCCGCCCGCGAGUCCGCCCUCCACCUGGCGGCGAGGGUGAAGGACGGAGAGAAGUGCGCCGAGAUGCUGCUCAAGUCCGGUGCGGACGCCAACCUGCCGAAGGACGACGGCCAGACGCCCCUCCACCUCGCCGCCUUCCACGGGAACCUCCUCACGCUCAAGCUGCUCCUCGAGGACAACGCCAACCCGUCGCUCCAGUCCAAGACUGGGGAGACGGCCCUCCACCUGGCCUGCUCGUCCUGUCGCGUGGAGGUGGUAAAGGCCAUCAUCGAGUACGUGGCCAAGAAGAGCGGGAAGGAGGCGGUGGCCAGGCUCAUCAAUAAGAAGAACAACCUGGGGGAGACGGCGUUGCACUACACGGCCAGAAUCAACAAGCAGAACACGACCUUCAAGGCUGGAGACGACCAAGAAAUUGCGCAGAUUCUUCUCUCCAACGGCGCCGAGAUGAUGGUUGCCACGACCAAGUCACAGGAAACUCCAGUCCAUUUCGUGGCAACAUCUGGCAACGAGGCAGUGCUCACCGAGAUGCUCCACUUCGCGCCGCACGACAAGAUCCAGCAGCUCAUGAACGCCCAGACGGCGACGGGACGGUCCCCGCUCUUGAACGCGUCCGACCACGGCCACGAGGGCAUCGUCACGACCCUCCUCGACCACCAGGCCAGAGUGGAUGUGUUCGACCACGAUGGCAAGGCGGCGCUCCACCUGGCGGCCGAGCACGGCUACAGAUUGGUUUGCGACGCCCUCCUGCAGCACAAGGCCUUUGUCAACGCCCGAAGCAUGACAGGUCUGACAGCUCUUCAUCUCGCUGCCAUGAAAGGCUUCAACGGCCUCGUACAAAUUCUCAUCACGCACCACGCGGCGCAGAAGGAGGCAUUGACGCUGUCGAAACAGACGCCCCUCCACCUGGCGGCCGAGGCGGGGAAGCUGGAGGUCUGCGACACCCUCCUCCAGCUGGGCGCCGACACCAACGCCACCACCGACGGAGGGCAGAAGGCGAUACACUUGGCCGCCAUGAACAACUACUCGGAGGUCGUCAAGCUCUUCCUCAAGACGUCGCCUGACCUCGUGACCACGGCGGAUAAGGACGGAAACACGUGCGCCCACAUCGCCGCCCUCAAAGGAUCCGUCGACGUGUUGCGCGAGCUGAUGCGCCACAACCGGGGCGUCGUCAUCAACGGCAGGAACCGCGUCGGGGACUCAACGCCGCUCCACCUCGCCGCAGAAGGAGGACACGCCAAGCUCGUCAAGUUCCUGAUCGAGAACGGAGCUUCGCCCAAAGCGGAGAAUGCGUCAGGGUUCACUGCGGUUCAUAUCGCAGCCAGAUACGGCCACAUCCAAGUGCUUGACACGCUAAGAGAAGUCACUAGUUUAAGGAUCAUUAGUAAAAAGCUUGGACUUUACGCUCUUCAUAUCGCCGCUCAUUAUGGACAGUCAGAAAUCGUCAGAGAGCUCCUCUCGCACAUUCCCGCCACCAUAAAGUCGGAGCCGCCCAUCCUCAGCGGCGGCCGCCCAUUCCUCCCCGACCUAGGGGCGGAGGCGGACCUCACGCCCUUGCAUCUGGCCGCCCACCAGGGCAACGAGGGCGUCGUCAGAAUCUUGUUCAACAUCCCGGGCGUCCAACCUGAUGUUUCUUCCAGGCUCAAUGGCUACAUCCCCCUCCAUCUUGCGUGCAUCGGCGGCCACACGUCCGUGGUCGGGUUGCUGCUCUCCAAGUCGACCAAACAGGUGGCCAAAACGGACAAACGCGGACGGACAGGACUACACAUAGCAGCUAGCCAUGGGCAUUAUAACAUGGUGGCGCUACUUAUGGGCCAAGGGGCGGAGCUCGCAGCCAAGGACCGGGACGGCCUCACGCCCCUCCACUACUGCGCGAGGGCGGGCCACUUGGGCGUCGUCAAGUUACUGGUCGAGGCCGGGGCGUCGCCCGAGGAUAAGUCUUCGGAAGGCAAAACUCCGAUUACGUUUGCCGUGGCGAGUGAACAUGUUGAUGUCUACUCUUAUCUUAUCAACAAGAAGCACGAUUCUUACAAGCUGUUGGAGGAUAAGAAGUACGUCCACGACCUGACCCUGAUGAGCAAGAAACACGACCACAAACCUCUGGAAGAGUUCAUCCUAAGGUCACCGGCCCCCGUUGACCUCGCUACCAAGUUGGCGCAUACCCUCCUCAUUCUCUCCGAUAAGGAGAAAGAGAGUAGCAAAGACCUGCUGGAAGCCUCCCUGUUCAGCGAGGCCCUGGCGACGGAGCUGGUGGCCAUUUCCUCUGCGUCAGCGUCUCCCGGCCUCAUCCUCCGGGCGGUGGACAACAGAAACGUCGUUCUGCUGGACUCCCUGAUCGAGCACGAGCAGAAGGAGGUGAUCGCCCACCCGGCCGUGCAGCGCUACCUGACGGACGUGUGGAUGGGCAGCCUCGACUGGCCCAACUGGAAGAUGAGCGCCGUUUUCUUCGCCUUUCUCUUCCUGCCGCCCGUCUGGAUUUUCUUUAGCAUGCCGCUCGGACACAUGUACAACGAAGUUCCCAUCGUGAAGUUCCUCGCCUAUCUGGUCUCGCACGUGUAUAUGCUUCUGCUCAUGAUAGUUACCACAGUCACCCCUUUGAGCCCAAUAUGGGAGAACACAAGCCUCAUGCCUAAUUGGUACGAAUGGAUGCUGCUCCUGUGGCUGAGCGGGAACCUGGUGAUGGAGCUGACCAACCCCGGGGACAUCGCCGGCCUGGGGUGGAUCAAGGUGUUCGUUCUUGUGUUCUCUGGCUUCGGCGUCCUCGUCCACCUCAUCGGGUUCUUCUACCUGGGCGAGACGGAUGUGCUGCUCGAUAUGCUUUAUAUUAGGAACAACUUCCUGGCGCUGGCCAUGCUGCUGGCCUCCGUGCAGCUCCUGGACUUCCUCUCCUUCCACCACCUGUUCGGGCCCUGGGCGGUCAUCAUCGGCAAGCUCAUGGUAGACUUGGGCAUGUUCUUGGUCAUCCUGAUCAUCUUCGUGUUCGGCUUCUCCCUCUACGUGGCUGCCAUCUACAACCCCAUCCGGCCGAUCUACACGGAGCUCAACAACACGCAGGUCGGCACCGGAUAUCCUCCGUCAGAGGCGCCCAUUCAGACCCCCUUCCAGACGGGCGAGAUGCUCUUCUUCUCCCUCUUCGGCCUCGUUGAACCCGACUACAUGCCGCCAUUCUACAGCCACCCGCCGUGGGCGCAGACGCUCAUGAAGCUCGUCUUCGGCAUCUACCAAAUGGUCACGGUGGUCGUGCUCAUCAACCUCCUGAUUGCUAUGAUGUCCGACACGUACCAGCGCAUCCAGGCCAAGAGCGACACCGAGUGGAAGUUCGGCCUCGCCAAGCUCAUCCGCAACAUGAGUCGCACGUCGGGCACGCCGUCGCCUCUCAACCUCGUCGUCAAGUUCACGGUCUACGUCAUCGCCUGCUUCAAGUUCAAGUGUAACCUGUGCUCUGAGCGGGCGAUGGAGUACAUGAGGACGGAGGGGCGCCCCGAGGACCCCCAGCAGGCGGACAUCAAGGCGGAGUUCGGCGGAGGAUGGAUCAAGAAACUGCGCUCCAGGAGUAAGGCCAGCAUCAUGCCCCAGAGCACAGAGAACCUGGUUCCAAUGAGCAACAUGGAAGGGCCACAGGGUGUUCGCAGGAUCGAGAACGUGAUCAAGUGGAGCCGCGUCGUGAACCGGUACCGGGCAAUGCACCAGAAAGAGGCGCUGCCCGGAGAGGAGCGGCAGGACAUGCCCAUGGACUCGGUGCAGGAUCUCCAGGAGGCCGCGCUCCUCAACGGCGGGCCGGAGACCGAGCCAGCUUCUACGGCUUAA